AUGAGCAGUGGUAGGAUUGAUCUAGGCCCCGAUAGCAAGAGGAGAACAAACAGAAGAGGAAGACAGCCCAGUGAUCUCUCUCUCAAACCUGUUGCAAAGAUAUCUACAUAUGCUAUUGAUUCUACCAGCAGUGACAUGGCCCCUGAAGCAAUGUCCAAUUUAGCACCAUUGCAACUUGAGGCACGGAGCGCCUUCCAUCCCAGUAGGUCUGCAUCUUCUGUUAAUGUUGGUGGGUCAUCUCCAGAUAGCAGCUUGGAUUCGCCUGACCUGCAUCUGUACCGAGUCUCGGCUGUCUCCUCGUCUGGAGCUGAAGACUUGCAACUGACAGCUCUAACUGCUCCAGGAAGCACCCACAGCAAGGGAUUCAACUGUCGCGAUCGACCAGCGAUGGGUAUGAAGCAUCAGGGGGUGAAGACAGUGACCGCAUUCCGUCACGGAUAG